AGCAAGCCUUCCUUACAGAAGACUGUGAGCUAGCUUCUGCAUUACUCAGGAAACAGUGAUAACAGCUGAGCUCAAAGCAGGGACGCAGGACUUUGUCUCACUGCAGACUCACUUCUGCCACCCAAUACCUCCACCAAGCCACCUGGCAACGCGCCAUGAGUCGCCACAGCACCAGCAGUGGGACUGAAACUACGGCGAAGACCGUGCUCUGGGGUGGUGAGCUCAGUCAGGAGAAGCAGAUUUGUACCUUUAAACCCCAAGGCCAAGGCGAGAGGAAGGACAACUGUAAACUCUUGCUCAGCACGAUCUGCUUGGGGGAGAAAGCCAGAGAGGAGAUGAAUCGUGUGGAAAUCCUGCCGCCAGCAAACCAGGAGGACAGAAAACCACCAGUCACCAUCGCCACGCUGAAGGCCUCAGUCCUGCCUAUGGUCACAGUGAUAGGCAUGGAGCUUUCUCCUCCAGUGACUUUUCGGCUCCGGGCUGGCUCAGGACCUGUGUUCCUCAGCGGCCAGGAAUGUUAUGAAACUUCAGACCUAUCCUGGGAAGAGGAAGAGGAGGAGGAGGACGAGGAGGAUGAGGAGGACGAGGAGGAAGAGGAGGAGGUGGAUAUAUCGUUAGAGGACAUCCCUACCAAGCAAGUCAAGAGAGUGGCUCCUCAGAAGCAGGCAGGCACAGCUAAGAGAAAAAGAAUGGAAAAAGAAGAGGAGGAGCCAGUAGUAAGGCCCAGCCCUCAGGACAAGAGCCCCUGGAAGAAGGGGAAAGCUACACCCAAACCUAAGAAGCCGCCAUCCAAGAAAUGAAGAGCUCACCUUGGCAUCUCCCAUCUCCAAGGGAGGAUGGCUACCAGCUGUGCUCUGGUGCAGGGGUC